CUUUGUAUCAUUAUUUUCCAUGCGGUAAUCGGAAAUCAGUUAGAUUUUAGAAAUUAGGUUGGAGGUUCGAAGAAUAAUUGCCGUUCUAUAAAAUUUCGCUCAACACUAACUAUCGAAAAAAUAUUCAUAGGUAAUGAAAAAUCUAUGUAAUAACAAUAAAAUAAAUGCGGAAAUGACGGAAAACAGUAAUAUUGAUGUCCAUUUGUUGAGAGAUUCUUGGAAGUUGUGGUACUGGAAAUUCAACACUGUCGCACCGCUCGAUUGGAUUGACAAUUUAAAUGGUUUGUGUGAAUUCGAUAGUGUUGAAAAGUUUUGGAGCAUCUUUAAUCAUAUCAAAAUGCCGAGUACACUCAAAAUUGGUUGUGAUUAUUCUGUAUUUAAAACCGAUAUAAAACCAAUGUGGGAAGACAAAUCUAAUAAGAAUGGUGGACGUUGGCUGAUAAAGGACAACGGUAUGUUGGAUCAGUAUUGGAUGGAUUUGUUAAUGAGCAUGAUUGGAGGAAUGUAUGAACCAUAUAAUGAUAAUAUAUGUGGCAUUGUUUACAAUAGACGUCAAUAUAGUAAAUUGUCAAUUUGGAUUUCUACAUGUGAACCAAGUGUUGUUAAUGAUAUAGGGUCCAAACUCAAAGAUUAUUUGAAUGUUAAAGAAAGAAUAGUUUUUGAAAAACACAGCGAUACAUCGACAAAAAAAAAGUCAACUCCGUUUAUCACUAUUCCUAGACAAAUGACACUUUGAAUUGUUUAACUAAAUUUAUAAAAAAAAAGUCUUCUUAAGGAAGACUUUAACUUUAAACAAAUUGUGAAAAACAAUGAUUACGAUACACAUAAAAUUAAAAUUU